CCAAGGCAACCCCAGUUCGGAUCGUCGGACGCAAAGCUCAAGCGGCGGCGGCGGCGGCGGCGGCAGCGAAGAGCAAACGCCAGGCGCGGGAUCACAUCGGGCAGGAGGAGGGAGAAUACUUCGGCUCCUGCCCUCGUCCGGUAAGAGAGAUGCCGCUGUACGACUGCAUGCUGCUGGUGAAGCCGCUGGUCACCAGGGAGGCCAUGUCGGAGCUGGUGGCGCGGGUGGCGCGCCGCGCGUACCAGCGCAACGGGGUCGUCACCGACGUCAAGUCCUUCGGAAAGGUGCAGCUCGGCUACGGCAUCAAGAAGCUCGACGGCCGCCACUACCAGGGCCAGCUUAUGCAAAUGACCAUGAUGGUUCCACCUACCUUCACGCAAGAACUCCACUAUCUGAACAAGGAGGACAGGCUGCUUCGCUGGCUGGUUGUGAAGCAUAGAGAUGCAGUAUACGGUCUGGAGUUCAUCAACGAGGAUGACGGGAGGAAUGAGAUGAGCGGUUUCAGCCUUGCUCAUACAAAAGACGACUACGAUAUCGAAAUCGGCUCUGAUGAAUCUGAAUCUGAGUUCCUCACCUCCUCCGAUGAUGAUUCCGAUGGCUACAAGUAUGACUUCGAGGAGGAGAAGUAGAAUUGCCUGUCCAGAUUUCUGCGGUUUCAGUCUGUAUUGGCAGAUAUCUUUUCUUACAAACCAUAUAUGUUGUCUUCCUAAUAUCACUGGCUAUUGUAGGAUGAGCAGCAGAAUCUAUGAACUUUGUCACACAUUUUUUUUCUUCGCAUUCCGGAUUAUGCCUGUAAUUUGAUGUUUCAGGCGUGUUUGUGCUGGGAAGCAUGUUGUAUGACCCUGUACGUUAGUAGGCUUGAAUAAGCUACAAAUCUUUUCGUGCUAA